AUGAGCCACACUGAACAAGGAAGAACAAACUUGAAUCCUAUGCUUCCUGAAUAUAAGGAGCAUAACUUGUGCAUCAUGAGUGUAUCAAGGGAAGAACCAGACCACGAGUUCAAUCCAGAGCCAAAUUACAAGUGGAAACCAAAACUAGUACAAGGAAUUGUUCAAACAACAAUCUCUAAGGUAAAUCUUACUCUAGACCAGCAUGUUCUUAUUAACUCCAUGAUAGGAUUAAUACACUUGUCUAGUCCAAGAGUUGCUGAAUUAGGUGUAGAAACAAAAGGAGAACAAACUGUCCGAAAAGAGGAAAUACCAACAAUGGUGAUCUUAGCUUCUGAUGGGAAGCAAGUACAAGAAAAAUAUGAGAAGAUCAUUGCUCAAACAACUAUUGAAAAACAGAUAAAUCCUAGCCAUACUUAUCUUGUUCUUAAAAUUUUCUUGAUAAGAAUAAUGCACUUGUCUUGUUCAAAACAUGCUGGAAUAGGUUUAGGUACUAAAGAUAAACAGUGGACCUAUGGAGAAACAAAAAACUCAAAUUCUGACCAGAAACAAGACCAAGGAGAUUCUGGACCCUCACAACUCAACCCAACAGACCACAAGCAUUGCAAAGCAUUCACAAUUUCUUUAAUGUUCAAAGAUGAACCACCAGAUGCAUUAGUUAUGCUCAAACAAAACUACAAGCGCCUAGGAGUGUCAAGCACAUAUUUUAGAGCAGCUUUGAAGCACACGGCUAAAACUAGAAUUGGAGAACGAGAUCAACGGGUCAAGCCACCUAUUAAGGACCAAAAGAAGCCCCAAGGCGUCAGUUGUCUCAUACUAAUCAAAGAAGAACCACCAUAUACAACAUACAAAAUAAAGCCGAGCCAAAACCGAUAUGGAGAGAUCACUUCAGAACUGCAAGUUACCCAGAAAACAAGCCAUGGAGCUAAUAAAGAGAAAAUGGAACAAGAAGACGAACUGAAGGCUAAUCAAGUGGAGGAACAAGAAGAUAUUCAACAAAUCAACUUCAAAGGAGUUCAAGAGGAUGAUUUCACCAAGGAUUUCAAGCUACACGGACCAGAACCAUACAAGGCCACAACUCACGCUUAG